AUGGCUUCUAAUAAUCAAGUGCUGCUUCUUGCAUUCACACUCACACUCACACUUUUCUUGCAGCUUCUACCAUCUCAGAUUGAAGGUAUUGGUGCAAAAGUUGAAAACCUUCCUGGUUAUGAUGGACCCCUUCCCUUUCAUCUUGAAACCGGGUAUAUUGGGUUGGGGGAUUCAGAUGAUGAGAUGCAAGCUUUCUACUAUUUUAUUAAGUCAGAGAAUGAUCCUAAGAAUGACCCUCUUUUGCUAUGGCUCACUGGUGGCCCCGGUUGUUCUUCAUUUUCCGGCCUUGUUUAUCAAAUAGGUCCAAUGAAAUUCAAAAUUGAGGAAUUUGAUGGGAGCUUGCCUAAGCUCAUCCCGAGGCCACAGUCAUGGACAAAGGUGGCUAACAUUAUUUUUGUGGAUUUGCCAAUGGGAACUGGAUUCUCCUACGCCAAAAAUGUCCUUCCCCAUCGAAGUGACUGGAAGUUUGUUCACCAAACCCAUCGAUUUAUUAGAAAGUGGCUUGCUGAGAACCCGAUCGCUGAUGGUAAUGAAUUACUAAUUAUCAAUGUGUAUGAUGCAUAUGUUUUAGAAUCAAUAGCAAAUAUCUUCAUGCCACCCAAAUUUUGCAAAAUUUGGGUCCUAUUUCUUCUCUACAAAGUUUGA